CUGACAUACAUACAUGAAAAAUGCUACAGGGUCCCGGAGUAUAUUGUAAAAUUUUGAGUUUGUCUGAAGUUGACCGGCGGGAUCUAGAGUUCGAGACAUAUAUAUGCCAGAGAGUAAAGUAAAUCCACCGCAGUCAGUCAUAAUUAAUCAAUCUGCGUUUGUUCUAGUUUAAUUUCCGGCUGGCGACAGUCGACGGAAUGAGAGAAAACGGCGGCGAGGCGGUGGUUUACGGAGGUAACAGAAAUUUCACAGACCAGGUCUGGAGACCGCCGUUGCAGGGCCGCUCUUCUCUACCACUUUUCCUCUUCAUGCUUCUCUGCCUCGUCUGCGCGUUCGUUUCCACGCGUUUGCUCGAUUCCGCCGUCACCGCCGGCGGCAAAUCCUCCGAGAAAUCAACAUUAAAUUUCGGAACACCUUGGAAUGACACUGACCAAAGAUCUCUAACAAUGGAAAUCCCACUGAAUUGCUCACCAGCACUUGAAAGUCCAAACCCAAGCUGCCCACCCAAUUACUUCCCAUCAAAGUUGCCCAUAAUGCAAAUUCAUGACAACACCCAAACAACACCUCCACCACCACCACCAGCAUGUCCCGAAUACUUCCGUUGGAUACACGACGACUUGUGGGCAUGGAGGGAGACCGGAAUCACCAGAGAAAUGGUUAUGAGUGCCCGGAGAACCGCCAACUUCCGGCUGGUCAUAGUGAAUGGCAUUGCUUACUACCAAAGAUUCAGAAAGUCAUUCCAAAGUAGAGACACUUUUACCCUAUGGGGCAUUUUACAACUGCUGAGGAGAUACCCCGGAAAAGUGCCUGAUUUGGAUCUCAUGUUUGACACUGUUGAUUGGCCUGUCGUCAAGAAGACAGAUUUUCCUGGUCCGAAUGACACGGCACCUCCACCAUUGUUCCGGUACUGUGGGGACAAUGCCACUUGGGACAUUGUCUUUCCAGAUUGGUCGUUCUGGGGAUGGCCUGAAAUCAAUAUUAAGCCAUGGGAAGGGCUAUCAAAGGAUCUGAAACAAGGGAAUGGGAAGAUAAGUUGGGAGGAGAGGGAACCGUAUGCAUAUUGGAAAGGAAAUCCUGAAGUUGCUGCAACUAGAAAGGAACUAAUGAAAUGUAACGUCUCCGAUGCGGAGGAUUGGGGUGCUCGUGUUUAUGCACAGGAUUGGAUCCAGGAACAAAAGCAAGGUUAUCAGCAGUCCAAUUUAGCUGACCAGUGCAUUCAUAGGUAUAAGAUUUAUAUUGAAGGAUCAGCAUGGUCCGUGAGCGAGAAAUACAUAUUGGCAUGUAAUUCUGUGACUCUACUAGUCAACCCUCAUUACUACGAUUUCUACACCCGAGGUUUGAUGCCGAUGAAGCACUAUUGGCCAAUAAGGGAUUACGACAAAUGCAGGUCCAUUAAACAUGCCGUCGAAUGGGGCAAUAGUCAUCCCCAGCAGGCAAAGAAGAUUGGGAAGGCAGGAAGCAAAUACAUAGAGGAAGAGCUGAAGAUGGAGUACGUGUACGACUACAUGUUCCACGUGCUGAACGAGUACGCGAAGCUCUUGAAAUACAAACCAACAAAGCCUCCAGAGGCAGUCGAGCUUUGUUCGGAGGGAAUGGCGUGCGGAUCGAAAGGAUUGGAGAAGGAAUUCAUGUUGGAGUCUCUGGUGAAAGGUCCAUCCCUCAAAGCACCAUGUACAAUGCCACCCCCCUUUGAUCCUGCAACUCUCCACUCCAUUGUAGAUGCCAGAGAUAGUGCAAUGAAGCAAGUGGAGUCUUGGGAAAAUCAAUACUGGAAACAUUGAUGUAAGUAGAAUGGGUGUACAAACCAUGUUGUGUUAGGACUAGACCUGGCAAUCGG